CAAUAAUAUCUCCUUAAAAACAUAUAUGUUAGCUUUCACAUUCACAAACAAUGUAUAAAGUAGUUUUACGAAAGGCUCUCCCCACCUACAAUUUCAUGGCCAACGCAUUCUUUGAAAUUCUUUUCCUUUAAUCAUACUUUAAAUCUUUUUCUAGAAAAGAGACAAUAACCUUCACUUUCUUUUUUAUAUAUAUAAAAAAGGCAAGGAUUUGCUUCCUUCAUUAACCUAAAAGGUGGCUGGAGGCCCGUACGGACACGAGAAGUGGAAAACACAACAGUAAAAGAAAAUCCUAGACGAGACCCUUCAACCACUGCUGCUGUGGUACCGUUCUGCUUAACCAGUCUCUUUAAUUUGAUUAUGAAUUUGCAGGCACGAUGAAGUAUUAGCCUAAAGUGCGGUGGUAGAUAUGUCCUGUCAGGAGAAGGACCCAUUUAAUUCCUGCAUUUUGAAAAAAAUUAUUUCAUAUUUAUAUUUAUUUGAAUGCUCUUUUGACUAACCAGUAACCUAACCCACUCAUGCUUUCACCUCAUUGCUUUGACAGUUUUAGCUUAAUUAAUCAGGAAGCUAAUGGCAUUUGGUGAUAAUGAUAAUUAAGUUUAUAAAAUUUUAGUUUCUGCAUUAAAUUUAUUUAUUGCUUUGUAUAUAAGUUGGGACUAUCCCUUUUCCAUGCUUUAAUAUCACACCUCUCUUUCUAACCACCCAUGUCUACAAUCAUUCUUCUUUAAUCGAACAACUAUAUAAAGCAAAAGCAUAGCUAGUUUCUCAUGUAUCCUCUAAUGUCAUAGAGAUUUGAACUCCAAGCAUGGCAGCAACUCUACUUAGUAAAUAUUUACUCAUCUUUGCUUCCAUCUCCACAACAUUUGCUUAUGAUCCUGACAUGCUUCAAGAUCUAUGCGUGGCCGAUAAAUCUUCAGGUAUUAAAGUGAAUGGGUUUCCGUGUAAGGCUGAGGCAAAUAUUUCAGAAGCUGACUUUUUCUUUGACGGCAUAGCUAAUCCAGGAAUUGUCAGCAAUUCAGUAGGAUCCCUAGUUACAGGAGCCAAUGUUGAGAAAAUUCCAGGCUUGAACACUCUUGGGGUGUCACUAGCUCGCAUUGACUACGCUCCUGAUGGUCUCAACCCACCGCACACUCACCCACGAGCCACUGAAAUUAUCUUUGUGCUUGAAGGGGAAUUGGACGUAGGAUUCAUCACCACCGCCAACAAGCUGAUAUCAAAAACUGUAAAGAAAGGAGAAAUCUUUGUGUUCCCGAGAGGUCUGGUUCACUUCCAGAAGAACAAUGGAGACAAGGCAGCCUCAGUACUUUCAGCAUUCAAUAGUCAAUUGCCUGGAACUCAAUCCCUUGCCAUGACACUGUUUACAGCAACUCCACCGGUGCCGGACAAUGUCCUGACUAAAGCUUUCCAAAUUGGUACCAAGGAAGUUGACAAGAUGAAAUCCAAGCUUGCCCCCAAGAAGUCCUGAUUUUUCUCCUUUUUCCUAUAAAAUUUUUCCAUCUAAUACUGUCGAAUUAAAUGUAAUCUAAGCGGAUUUUGUACAUGUUUCUUCAUCAACUCAAUAAUGGAAUUGAAUGUAUAAUUUGUAAUAAUUUAAUAUAAGAAAAAAUUCUUGAAACGAA